CAUUUAUGUGUUUACGACAACAAUGAAUGAUGUUUCAACCAUGAGUCAGAGUCCAGAAGAGUUGAUUUCCCAUUGCAGCGGUGCUUUCCAAAGGUGAGACCUUUAUGCUUCUUCACUUCAAGCAAUGCAUUCCACCAUCUUCACCAUGUGGCUUAUUUUCUUGUCUUGCUUCUUUUGUGCUGUAUCUGCACUCAACUCCGAUGGGGUCACCCUGUUGUCACUCAUGAGGCACUGGAAAUCCGUGCCUACUUCCAUAAACACCACCUGGCUUGCCUCUGAUUCCACUCCAUGCUCCUCCUGGGUAGGACUUCAAUGUGACCAUGCCCACCAUGUCAUCUACCUUAACCUCACAGGUUAUGGGAUUUCUGGUCAAUUAGGUCCUGAAAUUGGAAAUAUUUCUCGCCUACAGUACUUAGACCUUACAGGUAACAACCUCAAUGGCCCAAUACCUCACUCCUUAAAAAACUUGCACAGCCUCCAGUUUCUCAGCCUUGCUCAAAAUCAGCUAUCUGGUGAAAUUCCACAUUCCUUGUCUCAAAUACCUGGACUGCAGCUUGUUGAUCUAUCAUAUAACCUUUUAAGGGGUUCCAUCCCCACCAGCAUUGGGAACAUGUCUGAGCUCCUGCUGUUGUAUCUCCAUAGUAACCAGUUGUCCGAGACAAUUCCUUCAUCCAUUGGGAAUUGCAGUAAAUUGCUAGAAUUGUAUCUGGAUAGGAAUCAGUUGGAGGGUGUCCUGCCUCAGAGUCUAAAUAAUCUCGGUCUUCUGGAUCAUUUUGAUGUCUCCGGUAAUAGACUUACGGGUACUGUUUCUUUGGGUUCAACUAGUUGCAAAAAUUUAGUAGUUUUGGAUCUCUCAGACAAUGACUUUAGUGGUGGCCUUCCCUCAAGCAUGGGGAACUGUAGUAGUUUAUCGGAACUUGUUGCCGUGAACUGCAAUUUGAUAGGGAAUAUCCCACCCUCCUUUGGCCUACUGACCAAGCUUUCUAUUCUAUAUCUUCCACUAAACCGUUUAUCUGGAAAAAUACCUCCAGAAAUUGGCAACUGCAACUCUCUAACAGAGUUACAGCUGUAUUCCAAUCGACUUGAGGGAAACAUUCCAAGUGAGUUGGGAAAACUAAGAAAACUGGUGGAUUUGCAAUUGUUUUCAAAUCAAUUGACAGGUGAAAUUCCACUCAGCAUCUGGAAGAUUAAAGGUCUUCAGUCUCUGCAUCUGUAUAAUAACAGUCUUUCUGGAGAAUUGCCAUUGGAGAUUGCAGAGCUCAGACAGCUGAAAAACAUCACUUUGUUUAACAACCAGUUUUCCGGUGUCAUACCUCAAAACUUGGGAAUUAACAGCAGUUUAGUUCUGUUGGACUUCACAAGUAAUAAAUUCACUGGCAACAUCCCACCAAAUCUGUGUUUUGGCAAGAAGUUAAAGAUCCUGAAUUUGGGCAUCAAUCAACUUCAAGGUAGCGUACCUCCUUAUGUUGGGAGCUGUACAACCCUUACAAGAUUAAUCCUCAAACAGAAUAAUUUUACUGGGCCUCUUCCUCAUUUUAAGAGCUGUCAAAAUCUCGUUUAUAUGGAAAUUGGCAACAACAAAAUUCAUGGAGCAAUUCCAUUAAGUUUGGGAAACUGCACACGUAUCACUGACUUAAUUCUGCCCAUGAACAAAUUUACAGGGCCAAUACCAUCAGAGCUAGGGAACCUAGUGAAUCUUCGGACUUUGAAUCUGGCUCACAACAACUUAGAAGGUCCUUUGCCCUCUCAGCUAUCAAAGUGCACCCAAAUGGACAAGUUUGAUGUCGGAUUCAAUUUCCUAAAUGGUUCAUUGCCAUCAAGUCUGCAGAGCUGGACAAGGUUAACCACGUUAAUUUUGAGCGAGAAUCGCUUUAGUGGGGGCCUCCCAUCUUUCCUGUCGGAAUUCAAGAUGAUUUCUGAGCUACAACUUGGUGGCAAUCUGUUCGGAGGCAAAAUUCCCAUAUCAGUUGGAGCAAUGCAGAACUUGAUCUAUGGUUUGAAUCUAAGUUCAAAUGGGUUGACUGGUGAAAUUCCUGUAGAGAUUAGGAACCUGAAAAUGUUGCGAACACUAGCUCUGUCUCAUAACAAUUUGACAGGAAGCAUAGAAGUUCUUGGUGAACUCAUCUCCUUAGUGGAACUCAAUAUUUCAUACAAUUCUUUUAGUGGUAUUGUACCAAAGGCGCUGAUGAAGUUGCUUAAUUGUCCCUUGUCAUCGUUCCUGGGCAAUCCUGGCCUAUGCAUCAGAUGUUCAACGUCAGAUUGCUUGGCUUGCUCGGAAAGAAGCUCUCUAAAAUCAUGCGAUGACAAAUCUGCUAAACGGAAAGGCUUGAGUAAAGUUCAAAUUGUGAAGAUGUUUCUUGGAUUAUCCAUAUUUCUUGGUUUGUCGUUGCUGGCAUUAGUUUGUGUUGUUGUUUUUGGGAGAACAGCUAAGCAGGAAAACCAUAUCUCUUCUGAACAGGGUUCUUCAUCCCUUCUUAACAAAGUCAUGGAGGCUACAGAAAACCUAAAUGAUCGAUAUAUUAUUGGUAGAGGAGCCCACGGAAUUGUUUAUAAAGUUCUGAUAGGUCCAGACAAAGCUUUUGCGGUGAAAAAGAUAAGAUUUACUGCCAGUCAAGGUAAGAACUCGAGCAUGGCCAGAGAAAUUCAGACCCUUGGGAAAAUCAGGCAUCGAAAUCUUGUCAAAUUGGAAGACUUUUGGUUGAGAAAAGAUUGUGGUCUAAUUUUGUACAGCUACAUGGUAAAUGGAAGUCUCCAUGAUGUUUUGCAUGAAAGGGCUCCAACACCAACCUUAAAGUGGAAUGUCCGGUAUGAGAUAGCUGUUGGAAUUGCUCAUGGAUUAGCUUAUCUCCACUAUGACUGUGACCCUCCCAUCGUGCACCGAGACAUCAAGCCCAGCAAUAUACUUCUAGACUCCGACAUGGUGCCUCACAUUGCUGACUUUGGUAUUGCCAAACUUCUGGAACAGUCUUCUCCUGCUUCAAAUACUUCCAUUGCUGUGCCGGGUACAAUUGGUUAUAUUGCUCCAGAGAAUGCUUAUGCAACAAGUAGUAGGGAGUCU